UUAUCUUUACUUCACUUUCUCCACCUGAAAUCAAGAGAGGAGAGUCGGCCAUUGUUGUAAGAGAGAACUGAUGAAGCUAUUAUAGAAGAACAGAGAGAGAUGGAGAUUCGAAGAUUUCACUACUGCUGUUAAAGAUCUGAUGUAGUAGAAAUUAAGACAGAAACUAGGGUUGUGUGUGUUGAAGCUGCUCUUGAGAUUGAAAAUGGAAGAAUUCGAAGCUGAACUGAGAUGUAAUUGAAACCAGUAAGGGUUUGUUUAAGUGUUUUACAGGAAUCGAGAUGAAGAAGACACAAAUCAAUUGGUGGUCUGAGAUUGGUGAUUUUAGGGAUUUAAGACUCAUUAUCAAAGGCAAGAAAGGGGAUCUAAUGUUGCAGAAAGAGUAGAUUUCUCUACUAGUUCAAAAUGAAGCUGGAUGGGUUAAUUUGGUAGAGAACAUGGGUUUGCCGGAUUAUUGAUUUUUAUGGUGGAAUCUGGUGGUUGAUGUUGCAGUUAAGAAGAUUAUGGUGAUGGAUUAAAAAUGGGUUUGCUUCAGAUUCAAUGAAGAAGGUUAUGAAGAUGAUGAGAUGAUACUGUUAUUGGCUUGAGGAACUGAGCAGCAUGUACAAAUGGAUAUGGCAGUGAGUUAAAUGGGUUUUCUGUGAAGAUUCAAGCCAAAGAAAAGUUAACUGAUGAUUUGGAAUGAAGUUGUUCUUGAAUUGAGAUGAAUGAAACAGGAAGCAAAUGAUGGCUGCAGUUUUGAUGUGCUGGUCAGAAUUGAGCUUGUAGGUUUGAGCUGUGCUGGUGAAGCUGAGAUGCAGUGGAAGAAUGUUGUGUGUGUUGCAUUCAGGCUACAAUGAAGAUGGAUCUGGUGAUGUUAGUAACAAUUUGCAACAGGGACUUGAUGGAAGAGAAUGGGAUAGCUGUUAUGGUUAAUAGCUGCAAUUAUCAAGGUAAAUGUGUUGCAGGUGAUAGAGCUGAAAUGGCAGAAGUUCAAGUUACAAGACAAGUAGAUGUAUGCCUAGGUUGUGUGUUGUGAAUUGCAGGAACACAUGGAGGCAGUGAUGUCAAUUGCAGUUGCAGGGUUGAAUGGUGCUGGCGACAAGAGAUGGAUGUUAUGGCCUGAGAUGCAGUUGAACUGAAACAGGGAAUGUGCUAGUAUUUUGUUGGCUGAAACAAGGAAGUGAUGAUUUGAUGCUGCUGCUAAUGGGGAAGUGUUGAGUUGCAGGUCAAGAACUACAGAAUAUUGUGAAGCUUCAGAAGUUGAUAGUGUUGGUGGUAUUGAGAGUGUCUGGUGGUUUUAAGGAAUGGGUACUGAUGGUUGGUGUUUUGGGAGAAGGUUUGAUUUUAUAGGAGCCGAGAAACAGAAAAGAAUGUUGUUUGCUAAGACGAGAACUUGAGCUAUUUGAGUUGAUGAUGGGGAGAGCUAGCUGAUGUAGACUGGAAUCAAGUGUGAACUGACAUUGCAGUUACAGAUGAUGCAAUACAAGAGAAAGAUGGCAGUGUUGUUUGUGGUACUAGUUUGUGAAGUUGCAGGUGCCGAUUUGGUUAGUUUGACCGGUGAUCGGAUGGACUAUGCCGGUCACCUGAGGUUGACUUUCUCGGCCAAGUUCCGGUCAUUUUCUGGGACUUCCGUCGGUACUUUUUGAACAGAAUGUUUAUAUGGGUAUUUCACACAUGAGCUUGGUGGACUACUUGGACUUUGGGCUUUUGUGACUUAACCUAGUUUGAAAAGGAGAAAGGCUACAAAAGGGAAAGUCUUCUACUUCUUGGUUUAUCACGUAUUCUACUUGGAGCUUUUUGGAGAUAGCCGCAACUAGGGUACUAUUUCUUUGGUGAAUGCGUGGAGAGGGCAGACCAAGUCCAAUGGGUAUAUGUCUUCGUUCGGGCACUUUGCUAAAAGGCUUGAUUCGAGCAGUGAAUAAUCCACUUCCUCCUAGUUCUACACCAAGUGAAUUUUCGGACUCGGACAAAGAGGAAGACAACACAAUGGGAGGUCGACCACCUGCUCCAAGAACACUCAAGGAGCUCACUUCUCCAAACAUUGACCAACAGCCUUUAUGUAUUCAGAUGAAUGGAACCACUGAGUUGAAGCCGCAAUUGAUUCACUUUCUGCCCAAAUUCAUAGGUUUAUCGGAAGAGGAUCCUAAUUGUCACUUACAACAAUUCAUCAUGUUGUGACUAGUUUGAAGCAAGCAACUGCAGAUGCCGAUAUGGCUAUGAUGACAGCUUUUCCUUUCUCCCUUAUAGAUGCUGCAGGAGAGUGGUUCUUUUGCUUACCCUCUGGAAGUAUAACCACAUGGAAUGGAAUGAAAAAGUUGUUCCUUGAGAAGUAUUUUCCGGCAUCAAAAGCAACUGUGAUUCGCAAGGAUAUUUGUGGUAUUAGACAAGUAUCGGGGGAGACUCUCUAUGAGUAUUGGGAGCGCUACAAGAAGCUUUUAGCUAGAUGUCCACACCACCAAAUCAGGGAUCAACUUGUGAUUCAAUAUUUCUAUGAGGGGUUUCUUUCUAAUGAUAGAAAUUUGAUCGAUUCCACAAGUGGUGGUGCACUCACCAACAAAACCAUUGUUGAAGCUACAAGCUUGUUAGAAAACAUGGAUGCAAACACUCAACAAUUCUGCACUCGAGGUGAAUCAGUGGUAAGGAAAGUGAAUGAAGUUGGUGAUUCUUCACAUAUGGAACAGAGGAUGGGUAACAUGGAGAGGAUGAUGAAACAGAUAGCAGCUGCUGUCAUACCAUCAUCACACACCGAAGAUGUUGAGCAAGCAAGUGCUAUGUACCAAAAUCAACAAAGGCAGAGGUAUGAUCCGUACUCCAACACAUACAAUCCAGGUUGGCGUGAUCAUCCCAAUUUCAGAUACGCCAACAAGCAAGCUGCAGCAAAUCCUACUUUCACUCAACAAGGAGGGUAACAAUUCAUGCAAAGACCAUAAUAAGAAACUCAAGGUACAAGUGUGGAUGACAAGUUUACUCUUAUGAUGCAAAGUGUGCAAGAGAUUUCAAAGACAAUGAAAGGGUUUAACCAAUUCCAACAGAAAUCCGAGAUGGCUAUGAGAGAUGUGCAAAACUAAGUUAGUCAAUUUGCUAAUGAUAUGAAUCAACUCAAGGCACAAGCAGCUGGAAAACUUCCCUCACAACCAUUGAAUCCUAGGGAGACUGUCAAUGCUAUUGAGUUGCGAAGUGGGAAAUGAGUAGAGAAACCGGCAACAUCAGCGGAGUCCCAUGAACGUGAUUUAGAGGAAGAAGUGGACGAAGCAGUCCCUAAAAAGGAUGAUUCGGUAAUAAAUUCUAACUCUAAACCUCUUGUUUCUACUUAUGUUACUCCUCCACCUUUUCCUAGCAGGUUUGCAAAGUCAAAUAAGAAGACGUUGGACAAAGAGGUUUGGGAAAUCUUCAAGAAGAUCGAAGUGAACAUUCCAUUAAUUGAGGCGAUAAGGAAAGUUCUUCGUUAUGCAAAGUUCUUGAAGGAAUUGUGCACUAACAAACACAAAUUGACCGGUAAUGAGGUAAUGAGUGUGGGGGAGAGUGCUUCGGCAUAUCUUCAAAAGAAACUCCCACCUAAAUUGAAAGACCCCGACAGUUUUACUAUACCUUGCACAAUUGGUAAAACAAGGUUUACAGAAGCUUUGCUAUAUUUAAGAGCAUCUAUUAGUGUCAUGCCUGCCUCAAUUUAUGAAUCUUUAAAUCUUGGUCCUCUCAAAAAUACCAUCAUAGUUAUUCAACUUGCCGAUAGAUCAUGUCUACCCGAAAGGGGUUGUUGAAAAUUUUUUGGUGCAGGUCAAUGAGCUUAUAUUUCCCGUCGACUUCUAUGUUCUUGAUAUGAGUGAUGAAAACUCAUCCUCGUCUACACCUUUGCUGUUGGGUAGACCAUUUAUGAGAACCGCUAGAACGAAGAUAUAUGUAUUUGAAGGUACCUUGACAAUGGAAUUUGAUGGAGAGGUCGUUCGCUUCAACAUCUUUGAGGUGAUGAGAUACCCGAGUGAUGUGCACUCAUGUUUUGUUGUGGAGGAAACUGACGCUGGCUAAGAAUGCAAGUGAGAUGAAAGUCGGGAUGACGACUUUAAACCAAGCGCUAAGUGGGAGGCAACCCACCGGUUUUGUAUCUUUAUUUUUUAUUUUUUUUUAAGCAUUUUAUCUUUGUUUUUGCAUAUCAUUUGCGGAAUUUCCCACCUUGAGCUUUACUUUGAAUG